AUGCCCAUACCAUACCCCUUCCUCCCCCUUCUCUCUCUCAAGCGAAAUGCCUCUUUCUGUGGUACGCCAGAACCACUUUCACUCGCGUUGCGCUCUAAUGACCUUAUACAGCCCGAGCACACCAAGGUCCUGGUCAUAGGCGGCGGUCCGGCUGGCUCGUACGCCGCCUCUGCCUUGGCCAGAGAGGGUGUCGAAGUCACCGUGCUCGAGCAGGCAUACUUCCCUCGCUAUCACAUCGGCGAAAGCAUGAUACCUUCAUGUCGGCCAUUCCUGCGAUUUAUUGACGUCGAGGAGAAGGUCAAGGCUCGUGGCUUCAACGUCAAAAAAGGCGCAGCAUUAAAGCUGAACCAGUACAAGCGCGAAGGAUCGAUCCACAGCUUCGUCUCUCAUAAUCCGGAAAACGCGGCCUGGAAUGUCGUCCGUUCCGAGUUCGACGAAAUUCUCCUUCGCCAUGCCUCGACCAGCGGUGCGAAUGUGAUCGAGGGCAUUCGCAUAGAGUCCCUUGAAUUCGACCCACCGCACGACGCUUCUACCACACCUGCCUCCCUCCGCCCCGUCGCUGCGAACUGGAUCCGAUCGGUCGAUGGUAGUCGCGGUCGUAUCGCCUUCGAUUGGCUCGUCGAUGCUUCCGGCCGUAACGGCAUCCUCUCUAACAAGUACCUCAAAAGCCGGACCUUCAACCCUGCUCUGCGUAACUCAGCCCACUGGAGCUACUGGAGGGGCGCUGGCAAGUACGCACCAGGCACGAAGCGUGAGGGCGCGCCCUGGUUUGAGGCGUUGACGGACCAGUCCGGAUGGGCGUGGUUCAUCCCGUUACACAACGGGACGACGUCCGUUGGUGUUGUGGUCGCCGAGGACGUCACGCGGCAGCUCAAGACACAGAUGCGUGCCGAGCGACCAGAGCUUGAUACGCCUACCCUGCAGCGGGAGUUCUACGCUCGUCAGCUUGAGCGCGCGCCUGGUGUUCAGAAGCUCCUUGCGGACGCUACACAGGUCGACAAUGGCCGGGAUACCGUACGGACUGCGGGUGACUACAGCUACUCGUCCAGUACCUACGCCGGCCAGAACUGGCGGCUCGCCGGCGACGCGGGAGCCUUCAUCGACCCCUUCUUCUCCUCGGGCAUCCAUCUCGCUCUGACCGGCGGCCUCAGCGCAGCAGCUACCAUUGCAUCCGUGUUACGUGGCCAGUGCACCGCAGAGCAGUCCAUGAAAUUCCAUAAUGCAAAGAUUGGCACGUCUUACACAAGAUUCCUGCUUGUCGUGCUAGCGACCUACAAGCAGAUCCGCAGCCAGUCUGCUCCCGUGCUGUCAAAGGUGGAUGAGGACAACUUCGACCGCGCGAUCGACUUCUUACGACCCGUGAUCCAAGGCGCUGACGCCAAUCAUGGCCUUAAUUCGAGCGAUCUCAACGACGCCAUGGACUUCUGCGAAACGGCAUUUUCUCCCAUGGCAGCUUCGCACGAAGAUGACUACGCGCCGCUGAUGCAGGUACACGACAUGAGCGCCCUGCAAUCGCAAGAGGGCGCCUCUCGCCAGGAAGCGCGCGCUGGCAAUGGUCACGGUCCCGCUGGGUCGCAUAAGCUACCCGAGCGAAAGGAGGACGACCAGGCCCGCACCGCGCUGCUGCGCGUCCACACCCAGAAGGCGGUCUUCGCGAUGUACAGCUCGGACGGGUACGAACAAUAUUUCGCCUCCGAGGUUCUGGAAGGAUUUUACCUGAAGAUGAAGCGGGGCGAGCUCGGCAUCGUCGAGGCGUAA